AGUUGCUCUUUACAUGUCAACGGUCAAGUCGCACUGAGUUGGUUUCCGAUCCAAUGGAAUGAAGGUUAUAGAUUUGGGGAAAGGGAGGUCAAGAUGGAGAAGGCGAAGAAGCGUCUGGAGCUGAACUCGGACGAGUCAGAGACCGUGUCGCGAGUCGCCAUCCCAGCUCUCCAAAUCGGAAAGUCCAGCUUCUACGAUGCCUUCGCUCUGAGAGGUAUCCGAGUCGAGCGAGUCGAACCCGGUGUCGUCAUCUGUUCUUUCAAGGUCCCUCCCCGCCUUAUCGAUAGAGAUGGAAAUUUGGCAAAUGGUGCAAUUGCAAACCUCGUUGAUAUAGUUGGUGGUUCCUUAGCUUUUAUUCCGGGCCUCCCUAUGAAUGUUUCUGUCGACAUAUCCGUCUCUUAUGUCUCAACUGCCAAGGUUCAUGACGAACUAGAGAUAACUUCGAGGGUUUUAGGACGAACAGGAGGUUACUGUGGAACAAUAGUAACAUUCAGAAAUAAAUCAACGGGAGAGAUAAUAGCUGAAGGUCGACAUUCAUUGUUUCGUUCAAAUGCUGGUCCCGUUCCCAAACUCUGAGGGGUCCUUUACACAUUCAUAUAUGUAGUUUUGAGAAACAAAACAACAGGAGGGGAGAUUAUUGCCGAAGGUCGACUUUUGUUGUUCCGUUCGCGUGCUUCUAGCCAACGAAAAGGAUCGUUUUGUAGGUGUGAUAACAGGAUCCUUGUAAAACCUGAAAUUACAUCUUGAUACAUUCAACUUCACAGGUCACGGAACCCCUCUGAAACAUUGCAAAUUUCUUCCAUAACUCUUCUUUCGUCUGCAAACUUGUAUCAGUUACCAUCUUGUCUAAAACUCUACCGUUCUUUAGCAAAUACUUUGCAAGUUCCAUCUCAA